UCAAGGUCUGUUGCUUGGUGGAGCCUUGCAACACUGCUAAGCAGAGGGAAAAGUUCUUCAAUUCAUUGUCCAUACAUAUCUUGAAUUUGAUCAGUGAAUCUAAAAAAUGCCACGUGUCUUCAUCAAAGGUGGAGUGUGGCGGAACACUGAGGAUGAAAUCCUCAAAGCAGCUGUUAUGAAAUAUGGCAAAAACCAGUGGUCUCGGAUUGCAUCAUUGUUGCAUCGGAAGUCAGCCAAACAAUGCAAGGCCCGUUGGUAUGAGUGGUUGGAUCCUAGUAUCAAGAAGACGGAAUGGAGCCGGGAAGAAGAGGAGAAGCUCCUUCAUUUGGCCAAACUUAUGCCAACGCAGUGGAGAACCAUUGCUCCCAUCAUUGGUCGCACAGCAGCACAAUGCUUGGAGCACUAUGAAUACCUUCUGGAUCAGGCCCAGAAGAAAGAAGAAGGUGAGGAUGGAGGAGAUGACCCAAGAAAGUUGAAGCCAGGUGAAAUAGAUCCAAAUCCAGAGACUAAGCCAGCUCGUCCUGAUCCAAAAGACAUGGAUGAAGAUGAACUGGAGAUGCUUUCAGAGGCGAGAGCCCGUUUAGCUAACACACAAGGGAAGAAGGCGAAACGCAAAGCCAGAGAGAAGCAGCUAGAAGAGGCUCGUCGUCUUGCUGCUCUUCAAAAGAGACGAGAACUGCGAGCUGCUGGCAUCAAUGUCCCUUACAGGAGGAGGAGGAAACGUGGAGUGGACUACAAUAGAGAGAUUCCAUUUGAGAAGAAGCCAACUCUAGGGUUUUAUGACACAAGUCAGGAGGCAUUUGAUCCCAUGGACCCAGACUUCAAGCGUUUGCGGCAGCAGUCUCUUGAUGGAGAACUUCGUUCAGAGAAAGAAGCCCGAGAGAAGCGUAAAGAUAGAGAAAAGUUGAAGAAACGUAAAGAAGAUGGGAUUCCCACAUCCAUGCUUCAAGGAGGCCAUCCUGUUCCCAAGCGCUCCAAACUUGUUCUCCCCCAACCACAGAUAUCUGAUCAAGUGAACAUCACUUAUACACGAAUCCAUUUCAAGAGAGCAUACAUGGGUGGAGGUGAAGUCUCUUGGGAACUGGAACAGGUUGUGAAAUUGGGGAAGGCAGCAUCAGAAGUUGCCCGAGAAGCUGGAGGAGAUGUUGAUGAAGGGAUGGCCUCUAAUGCCCUACUCAGUGACUAUAGUUCUGCUACUCCUGGCCUUGACCUUGUGGCUCGCACAGCUCGCACUCCUGCUGCUCAGACUGAUCGCAUCCUCCAGGAGGCACAAAACAUCAUAGCAUUGACAAAUGUGGACACUCCCCUCAAGGGAGGAUUGAACACCCCUUUGGUGGAAAGUGAUUUUUCUGGCAUCACUCCUCAACGUGAGAACAUCCAGACCCCUAAUAUUGUGUUGAGUACUCCAUUCCGUACACCUUUGGACAAGAGUGAGUUUCUCCCAGUAUCCCUUCCUGUUCUUUCUAUGCCUAACACAUGGGAUAUGUUCGGUGGUGCAACUCCAGGGAUGCAGACACCUGGACUUGGAAAGCAAAUGCCCUUGGGGACUCCCAUGCAAACUCCUCUCCGUGAUCGUCUCAACAUCAAUCCUGAAGAUACCUUUGAUGCUCCCACUGACCGCUUUGGCAUGAAAAAUUUUCAAAAAGAAAUGAAGGCAGAGCUGAGAAAAGGAUUGAGUUCUUUGCCAGCCCCAAAGAAUGAUUAUGAGAUUGUAGUCCCAGAGGAAGAAUCAGCUGGUGGAGAAGAGAAGGGAUUAGAGGAAGAACACGGAGGUGAAUGGAUUGAGGACCAAAGUGACAUUGAUGCCCGAAAGGAAGCCCAGCAGAGAGCUCAAAGGGAAGCAGAGUGGAAGCGUCGAUCUCAAGCAAUACAGCGAAACUUGCCUCGACCAACAGAGGUCAAUCUUACUAUCCUUCGUCCCACAUCACAAGAGGCAAACCUCUCAGAUCUUCAAAAGGCUGAGGAGCUGAUCAAGAAGGAGAUAACUACAAUGCUUCAUUAUGAUGCCCUAAAAUCUCCCUUGGAUCCCCAGAUUGGGAAGAAGAAGUCUGCAUCACAGGCAGCUGGGAAUCUAACUGCUCAUCUCACAUACUUGGAAAAGAACCCCUAUCAGCAAUUUGAUGAUGAGGAACUGGAAGAAGCAAAGGGAAUGCUUGCAAGUGAAAUGCAAGUUGUGAAGCAGGCCAUGGCACAUGGUGAUCUCUCAAUUGAGGCUUACAGUCAAGUCUGGGAGGAAUGCCUUUCUCAGGUCCUGUUCUUGCCAGCACAAGGGAGAUACACACGAGCAAACUUGGCCAGUAAGAAGGACCGUAUUGAGAGCCUGGAGAAGCGCCUUGAGCAGAAUCGCCAGCACAUGAUGCGUGAAGCUAAGAGGGCUGCUAAAAUGGAAAAGAAACUCAAAAUCCUCACUGCUGGCUAUCAGUCUCGAGCACAGGGGUUGAUGAAGCAGUUGCAAGACCUGUAUGAGCAAACUGAGCAGGCCCAGCUGGAAUGGUCUACCUUUGCCUUCUUGCAGGAAAUGGAAGAGAAAGCCAUCCCUCGUCGUCUCUCGAGCUUGAGAGACGAUGUAGCAAGACAGGAAGAGAGGGAAAAGGAACUUCAGCUGCGGUACCAUCAGCUUGCCCAUGACCUUUCUUCAUGAACUCCUUUUACUUUCCCUUCUCUCCUUUCAUUCUUCCAAUAUCAUAAGGUUACUUCAGUUUCUCAUCUUUUUAGGGAAAAAAGAUGAUAAAUACGUGACUGGAUAUCCUUCUUAUCUUCCUGUUGUGUUGGAUGUAUCAUGGAAUAAAACACUGGC